GCGGUCACGUGGUGGACGCCGUCCUCCGCCCGUCGGUCUGAGGCGGCGCGACGACUUCCUUCUUCACGGGAAUGCAUGUCUACCCCCAUGUCCUGUCCUGCUGCGCUACGUUCUGGUAGAUUGCCUCUUCUAAAGCACUUCCAUUUUUACCAAAAAUACUGAAUUUCACUUGACGGAGCAAAAGGACAUUUUAAUGCUUACUAUAAAUUAAGGAAAUCUGGAUCCCCUGAGUCUACAGACAGAAGAAAUGUGGCGAAGCAGAAGUUAAGCAUUGGGUUGGAAGACAUCCCUGGACCGUAACUGAUGAAAAGCUUUUAAAUCGUCUCAACCUUUGUCUUAAUUUUAAUUUCAGAACACAAUGAGCACAACUCCCCGGAAACGCAGGAUGAUACCUUCUCAACAGUCCCGAAGGGUGCGCCGCCGGCAUAGAUCUGCAGAACCGGCUGAGCCACAGGCAGACAUCAUUGAAACUGGUGGUGAGGUGGUUGACCUGACCUGUGAAUCCUCUGAACCUGUGGUUGUUGAUCUCACCAACAAUGAUUCUGUUGAGAUUGUGGAUGAAGAUCUCUCCUCUGCGAUCAGUCAGCCAAGUUCAGCUGAAGAUCAGCCAGGCAGAACGCAGUCAGACAGUUGUAUUCUCUGCAGUGACGAGGAAGAAGGCAGAGCAGAUGGGAGCAGCACUGUAACGAGUGCAGCAGGUGUACCUCAGGGAAAUCAUCUUCAUUCUGCCUUGUGUAACAAAGACUUGAGAUCUGAUAAGUUUGUUCACCGCAAGACUUCCUCAGGAACCAUUAGCUGUCCCAUUUGUAUGGAUGGUUACACAGAGAUUGUCCAAAGUGGGCGGCUCAUUGUCUCGACAAAAUGUGGUCACGUCUUCUGCAGCCAGUGCAUUCGGGACUCUCUCAAAAACUCUCAUACGUGUCCGAGCUGCCGAAAGAAACUGAACUCGCGUCAGUACCACCCGAUUUAUAUUUGACCGUUGGGGGUGUCUUUCUGAAAUUUCUCUCUCCAGCCAUGUGUUGGCCAUCUCAAAAUCCUAUCACGUUCCUCAGCUUUCUCAGCAGCAAAGGGCACUCCCAGUUGGAGACCGAAGGAGCGUGUGGCAUCGGCUGACCAUCUGUGACCAUCUAAUCAAAUUGACUUGCUGUAACU